AUGAAUUUGGAACGUUAUUUGUUCUAUUUCAAUCGAUAUUUGAAUCAUUGGCAAUCGCUUCGUUUCGAGGCCCGAUUGUACGAGUCGGUCCAGAACAAGAUGGAACAAAUGCAAACACACGGGACCUCGUGGAUUGAUGUGAAAUUUUUUCGCAAAGUGGUCGAUGUGUUGUGCAGCUGUCGACGCACACUUAUGUACACGUAUGCGUUUGCGUUUUUCCUGAAAAAGAAUAACCACUCGCUCAUUUUUGAGAGCAAUCAGAGUGAUUUAGAAUUGGCCACGGAACAGCUGUCCGGUCUACUCGAUCGGGAUCUGUCCAGUAUGGCUUUGAAUGAGUUGAAACAGAAAUUACAGGACAAGGCACGCUAUUGCGAGAGCCGGCGUCAGGUACUGCUUGAUCAUGUGCACGAAGGAUAUGAGAAAGAUUUUUGGGAACAAAGUACCACAUGA